AUGGGUGUUGUCAGCAGUUCUAGCGUAUAUUCUCAUACUAAAAUCGACAUUCGGGUAUGGGACGACAAACUGAGCAAGCCCAACUCACCACCACGCCCAUACCCUUUGGCCAUCGACUGUGGUAUCUUCUUCAUGGUAAGUUACUGUAUUAGUUAUGGUCUAGCAAAGACUGUCCUUUCAUGACGAAAGUUUUGCUGGCAUAGAUAACAUUAAAAAAAGUAGCUAGGUGAUCGAUGUUGAGAUUUUAAAUAGCCAUGAGAAUAAUAUUUUAAAGUUUUACUAUGAUAUUAUUGGUUUUGUAAGCAGUAAGUUAACAUAUAUGAUGAUCAUUUUCUUUCAGCUGGCUACAAGUAUACUGGCCGUUCUGAUUGGCGUUUCUAUGAAAUGUUGUGAUCAAUCUCUGGCUGAUAUCUUUAUCCAAGAUGGUCUACUUGGAUUUGUGCCUGUUGUACCGAGUGUUUACUUCCUCAGCAGACCGUAUACUUUUAAAAUUGGCGGUAAGUUUUUUGUUUAUUUUUGAAAUUUAAAUUAUUCGAAAAUCGAAAGAUUUAUUGAUGAUAAAUCAUAUUAUUAGUAAUAAGAACCGUAUUUUAAUAUUAAAAUCUGCCAAGCUCUCCAUUUUCAGUAGUCCAACUCUUUUGCUCACUACAAUAUGCCGUUGGUACCGCCAUCAUCAUCAACGUUUACCAUUUGUGGAUUUCGUAUGGUAAAAUGGUAGACAGCCGUCUAGUAACCACUCAUUGUAUGUUUGUUGUCCUGAAGUACUUUGUCGGGCUAUUUGUUCAAUUCACAUGUCUUCCGACCAAGUACGAACUCAAGAGUUCUAGUGGUUCUAAGGAUUCUGAAGGUGCUAAGAAGAAGAAAUCUAAGAAGAAUAGUUCUAGUAAGAGCUCUAAGAAGAAGGGCAAGAAGGACGGUAAGAAACAGAAGCUGAGCAAGGAAGAGAAGAAGAAAAAGAAGAACAAGAAGAGUAAGAGCAAGAAGGACAAGAGCAGCAAGACUUCGAGUUCUAAGAGAAGCAGCAAGAGUUCGACUUCCGCUGUUUCAAAGACGUCAAGUAAAAGCUCAGGAGCUAUCAAGAGUUCAAAGAAGUCAAGUCAAAGCUCAGGAAGUACCAAGGAAUCUAAAAAGCGUUAA